GUUCGGCCACAGCGCCGCCACACACAGAAAAGAGAUGAUUUUGAUUUACUCGUUAAUACCUGCUUCCUGCAGUCGGUGAGCGGGAAUUUCGCAAAACACAGGCUUGGAGUACUCACAGCUGUACAAUUCGAGCAAGCGGAACCUGGAUGCUAUUGUCCGCCACGAUGUUUGGUUAUAAUUCUACUGUCAAAGAAGCGAAAAAGCUUGGAGAGCGGCUGCAGCGUGCCAUCAAUCCAAAUGGAAGCAACACAGUGAACAAACCAAAGCCAGUAGCACCAGGGAAGCCUGAAGAAGAAGAGGCUGCAGAGGAGCUGGUUCCAAAUGAGACUGUCGAAGAUGUUGAACUGAAUUUGGCAUUUUACGUCAAACAUUUGGGAACCGUGGAAAAGGAAGGAGACAAAGAAAUUUACAAGAAACACCCAAAAUGCUUACUGGCCAUUAAGAAUAUGAUCCUGCAAAUUCGACAUACAGAGCUCAGUCCAAAGAUGACGGUGCGACGUUAUUUGAUCAACACAGGCAUCGUCUGCACGGAUUUAUAUCCCGUUUUGAUGAACAAUCCACGAGAUGACGGAUUAUGGAGAGCCACCAUCUGGUUGAUCGACGAAUUAACAAUGCCGCCCAGUGAAAUUUCAUUGCGCAUUCCGCGAGAUAUCCUGGAAGAUAAUAUGGAUGUCAGGGCUCGUUUGAAAGAAAUGGACGAUCGCCGGCAGCCCUGUAAAAAGAUGUUUACUGAUCCGGAGUUUUUCGCGCAUUUUCGUGCUCGCCUUACAGAAGUUCUGAAAAAGCCAUCUGAAGAGCGAGAUAAAAUUGAUAUUGGCUUCUUGCGGCAUUCUUUGAACUUUGUCAGUAACAUAUUGGAAAUGCGUGGUGAGGUGUAUGGAAAACAAACCGAUUCUCCUGCGUCUCUUCAUGAUAAAGUCUUCAGGGCCAUAAACAGCUCCGGAUUUACCGGCAUAAUUCUGUACAUGGCAUGUGCAGAGAAGUAUUCCUCUUUUCGUGUCCUUGAUAUUCUUCAUAAUUUACUUCGGUUUCAUGACCCGGAAGCUUUAAUUAAAGUCAAAACCACGGAAUCAUGCGAAGCUGACGACAGGCACUCGCAGCAGAUAUAUCAGCGUUCUUUGGCAGCAAAAAUGCCUGACCCGCUCCGAUCUGUUUCCCGACAUUCUACAUUUGGCGGUACUUUCGUUCUGAAAGGAGCUAAGGCCGUGAAUCGAGAGAAUGACAUGGUUUUGGUGAAGCCACUCACAAAUAUUUUGGACAACAAAUUCGAACUCACUUCGGAUAAAACACCUGAUUCACGCAGUCGAAAGGUCUUCCGAAUCAAAGAGGAGCGGCAUUCAUAUGUUCCGAUUAUUUCGCCUGAAUUACGCAAUUUUUGUGUGAUGUUUCUGGAGAAUGCAUAUAAUUUGUUUAUGGUUAAUUUAAAGAAUGAAAUACCUCAUCUGAUGUCAGUGACAGAACCGGAAGAGUACAUUUUACGAUAUUUGUGGGCUGUGAGGUUUUUCAUGGCGUUAAAUCGGUUCAACGGUGAAAAGAACGGUGAAAAGGUUUGCGUGGACUUCGUCAGUGAAACGGUUUCCGUUGACACCUUUCGUUUCAUCUAUGAGAAAAUGGAGAAUUAUCUCGAUAUGAUGCGUCUGAAUAAAACGGAAACCGUGAAGUGGAGCGAGAGAGUGCAUGCUACACUGAAGUGUUACCAAGAGAUGUUGUGGACGGUGUCCGCCAUGCUUUCUCAUGAAGAUGCCACUGUGCGACGCUCUGCCAAACAGCUUGAAAGUAACGUAUUCUACAGCGAAGAGCAUCGCGAUAUGUUUUUUAGUUUAUUGAAAGAAUUCCACGAAGGAAAGUUUUCACGGCAGUAUUUGAAUGACCUUGUUAUCACGGUACAUAUCUUUGUUAAACUCAUCGAGACAUGCUUGGCAUCGAAAACCCAGUUGUUUGUGCGCGCCAAGCAGCGGAAGCGGAAGGCUAAAAAUCCCACUAAAUCAAACAAGAAAAAUCUUCAACCGGCUUUAGAUCAUGACGGAGAGGAACAUGGCAAUGAUAACAAUGAGAAUGACGAUGAAGUGAUGGAUGACGAAGAAGACGAUACUGAGAAUGACCAGUCGAAAGGUCGCGAGCCGCGUGAAGUGGCGUUCCAUUUGAAUGCUUAUGUGAAACGUUUUUCUGUGGCGAGUCAUCUGGAACCUUUCAUGAUCCUGCUGAAGUCUUAUUCCUCGAACACCUCCCUGGCCAAUCAUGCUGUACUAAAGAUGUUUCAUCGUAUUGCGUGGGAUCUGAAGAUGCCGGAUCAAUUUUUCCAAAUGGAGUUAUUCCGCAUUAUUUAUGAGAUCAAUAAUGGGAGGCUUUCGGUAUCCGAUGGUCGGUUUAUCGAAGAGUAUCGAGAGUUCAUGAAGUACAUUCUGACCGAAUUUUUUGAACAACUUAGACGAAAUCACCUUGUUAUUCUUGGUACUCUUUUUUCUGCUGGGGCUGUUAAAACUGUUGAUUCGGAGCCGGCAGAGACAGCGGUAUCUUAGCGCCCAACUCUAAGAGCUCUGCCAGCGGUUGUGCUUUUUUGGUUUCCUGAAGUCCAGAAUUAUGCAUGUACAGCAUUAAUUUAUUUGGCAGUGUUAAUUUGUACCGUUAUUAAAAUGGUUAUU